CUUUUGGAUAAGGCAGCUAACGAGGACAACGGGUAUCACUGGUGAAAAGGGGAGAAAUUUGCAACCGAGGAUAGAUCAAAUAGGACAGAAGUCAGACGUCUUUUGGACACGUGUGUUAAACCAUAGCUUGUUAACGCUUUCAAUUGAUACAGUUUCUGCAUGCUGUCGUUGACUGAAGAACGUUUGACUUCCAUACUCUCCGACAUGACCAGUAACUGCUAAGCGAAAAAUUACAUCUAGAGACAUCCAGGGUCAUACAUUUAGCUGUACUUCUCAUACAGCCGUGCGACAUGGAUUCUGGGGCGGAGGUGAUUCCCAUUUGGCAGAAUAAGCCACAUGGAUCAACCCGAAGUGUUGUGAGAAGAAUUGGCUCAACUCUAGCACUCAAACCACCCACCCGUGCAUGUUUUCAGGAACUCCCAGGUCUCCCCCCUCUGCGACCCUCGGAUGGUCCCAUGGUCCCCACCCUGGCCGACAUUGCCUGGCUUGUAGCUGAUGAAGAGGAAACCUAUGCAAGAGUACGGAGCGACGCACGUCCUCUGCGACACGAGUGGAGACCUACACCUCUCCUGGUGCUGCACAGGAACUCCUCUGUGCCCAACUUUCGACCAACCGGCAAGCGCAUGGAGGGUCUGAGAAAGCCGGGAGUGACGGCCAUGAAAGGCACCACAGCACUGCAGGAUGAGCUCAGCAAACUGCGGGCACAGAUCGCCAAGCUUGUUGCAACUGAAUCAGGCUCCAACCCAUUGACCCCAGACCUCCUGUCGCCAGAUGACACCAGUGUGGGCUUCUCCCUGGCCCCUUUUGAGGCAGCCGCCUUCCAGCCCAACCCCACCGCAUCCUUCGUCAUCAGCGACGUCACCGAGGAGGAGGAGGAAGAAGAGGAGGAGGAUCCAGAUGAGGAGGAUGUGUCCGAGCUGGUGCCCGACCCCAUGCCUCCUGUCUCCAUGACUGCCUCGGCCACCUUUGACCUCGACAGACCCAGCAUGGACUUUAGGGAGGCAGAGGAGGACACGGUGUCGCUGUCCAAGUCGACCAGCUUUGCUGACGUCAGGGACAUCUUGAAGGACAUGAACCGUAUGAAGAUGAGCAAGGACAGUAGAUACAAUCGGGGAUGCACCUCGCUAAGAGAGGAGGACUCGGCCUCCCUGAUCUCUGAGGUUCUGAGGAAGAAGUUCGUCCUGAAGGACGAAGACACGGUGUAAAUGAAGUAGGCUGUGUCCUCUGCCCCAGAUCCUCCCUCCAUAAACCCAAUAACUCAACUGAUCGUUUCUCCGGCGGGUUGACUGUGGCCCUCCCCUCCCCUCCCAAGCUCUAGGAUGCCGCACAGGAACCGGGGGCUAGGACUGCUCUCCUUCCUUGAUCAACACUCCCUGUCCCACCUUCCAUACCCUCCGACUGCAGAUUAUCCUUAGAGGAAGGAGGUGUCACAGCGCCAGUCUUUCAGUUUGUUUCUGCCCAGCCGUUUGGACUGGAUCCGGUCAUGCCCCAUCCCAUCCCAUCCCCCAUCAUUCACUGUAGAGUUCAGUCCUGCAUAGCAGUUAGGUUCUAAUCGCUUCUUCGUGAUGCAGAUCCUCUCCCUAGCACUGACAAGGUGGUCUGGACAGAUGAGACCCAUUUGAGUAUGCCUGAGGUUGAGGAUGCCCUACAAAAUCAGUGACUGAUGACCAUUUUGUUUUUCUUCUUUUUGUUCCUCCUUCAGAAUCGGAAGAAAGCGUUAUUUUCCUUUUCUUGCCUCCAGUAUGUUAUUUUAUUUGUGGAGUUCCCCCCUUUUUUAAGAAAAACCAAACAAAAACAAAACACAUACUUGAAACUGUAUAUACAAACUACAGACUGUAUAGAGUGUAGUCAGAAAUGAUGAGUGCUGUGAUGCUAUAUCCAUUUACUUUGCCCAACCACGGUGAGUUUGUCUGCAAAACGCUGCAUACAUAUUUUAAUCCAAUCUCCAUUUCCCUAUCCUUCAUUUGGGAUGUUUUCUACAUUAUUAUUCUUCAUAUGCACCAUGUGUAGAUCCUGAAAGCUUAGAAUUUAACCUUUGACAUUUCAAGCAUUUGCUGCCUACAAGAAUUCAGACCUGGACAGUGAAACCUAGAGCAGGACAUCAGUCAAAUGUGACCCAUAUUGUUUGCUGUGGUGUUUGGAAAGAAAAUAUGGUUUUGUUCUUUUCUUUGGCUUGAGUUCUGCAGAUGAUGUAUGUAUAUACAUAUAUAUGUAUAUGUAUUUACACUUAUUGUACGGAGUGAAUGAUGUGCCGUUUGUUUUUAAGAAGUGCUGCUGUCAUGCUGCCUGUGUAGUCAGCCCAUGGGGUUAUCCUUGUGGAGAAUGUGGAGAUUUUCUUUUGUGGUUUGUAUGUAGGCAAAACUGCAUGUGUGCCAUGACAAAAAAAAGAAGCUGUUGAGACAACAUAAAAGCCUGUGUAAUUUGUGUGUG